AUGGGAUUAAGUCAUUCUUCACAUAAUUCGUACGUUUCUCAUGUGAGAAGUGUGGCAACAUUUAAUGAAAAGGUUAUUAUUUUACCAUAUGAGGACAUUUACCCAAGACUGGAUAUUUUUGACUUCUACGGUAAUGAAACAUACCGCUCUCAGUUUGAUCUAUUAAUUCAAGGCUAUCAGGCCCUUCAGAACCGUCCAUAUGAAGAUAUGAGGUCAUAUUAUCAGGUCUCUGGUAUACAUGGUUUGCCAUAUACUGCCUAUGAUGGAGUUACUGGUUCUAAUCCAUACAUGUCGUCUGAAUUUUCUGAAGGUCGUUGGGGUGGAUAUUGUCACCAUGGUAAUGUUUUAUUUCCAACUUGGCAUAGACCAUAUAUGCAAUUAAUGGAAACUCUGCUAAUUGAUGAAGCUAAGCAAAUUGCUUCACAAUAUCCUCCAAAACAAAGAGAUAAAUACAUUGAAGCGGCUAAACAACUUCGUCAUCCUUACUGGGAUUGGGCUGAUGAAAAAGCUGUUAAAGGUGUUCCUGAGAUUUUUUUGACUUCCUACAUUGAAAUAAAUACUCCAAAGGGUAAAAAAAAUGUGUCAAACCCUUUAAAAAGCUAUAUAUUACCUACAAAUCUUUCAACACCGCUACAGAAAGGACAAAAUCCAACCGAUAAACCAAAUUAUAACAUUCCCAACAUGACAUAUAAUCCAUAUACUCCAAAAGGGUAUCCAACCAUUAGACAUCCAAAUUCUAAUUAUGAAGAUCAAUACGAUUUGUUAAAUCAAAAUUUUUCAGUUUAUGUUCCUUCUGUAUUAAGACCAGGCCUUUACCAAAUGUAUCAUAUUUCCAACUACUUGCAUUUUAGUAAUCAUAUUGUAACAUCGAGUGAUCAAGAAAUGCCAGAAUCAAAUCCUGGUCAUCCAGAACCAGAUCCUAAAAAAAACCUUGGAUAUGCCCAUUUCGCUUCGAUUGAAACAACUCAUGAUGGUUUACACUUAAUAACAGGAGGUCUUGGUGGUCACAUGACUUAUGUUGAUAUAACCGGAUUUGACCCUAUAUUUUACUUUCAUCAUGUAAAUGUAGAUCGAAUUAUUGCUCUUUGGCAAGGAAUAUUUCCUAAUAGUUGGAUUCCUCAAAAUAUAAAUGGGAAUGGUACUUAUACCGAAGGUAUGAAUUAUGUAGUUAACGAAUACACGGAUCUAGAACCAUUUAGAAAAUCUGAAACGGAAUUUUGGAGAUCUUUAGACGUUCGAGAUAUAACGAAACUUGGUUAUACUUAUCUUGAGCUAGAAAAAUUCAGGGGUAAAAGUCCAAAGGAAUUGCAAAAUUAUGUUCUUGGACUUUAUAAACCUGAUCCACAUUAUUGUACGCGUUUUUUUGUAAAAGUUACCAUAGAGACAGGUAAAUUAGUUGGCCCAUAUGCUAUUAGAGUUUUCGUUGAUCUACCAAGUGCGAAUGCUGCAACUCCAGUAACUUCUCCUCAUUUCGCGGGUUUUGUUGCUAUGUGGCGUAGUACUUUAGAACAUAAAAACAAUUCUUUAGUUGUAGGCAGUGUUGAUAUCACUGCUGCUAUGGUAAGAUUAGGAAUAAGAAUGCAACAACAUGGAUAUGUUAAUGAUGUUAAUUCUACCACGGGUUUGUUAAAACCGACUUCUCUUUUUAAUAUUGGUACGGAUAUAAAUAUUGUUCCUGUUAUGAUGAAUGGUUAUGGAGUUAGUCCUAAAGAAGCUGGAGUUACUCUAGUUCAAGUUUUCUCAUUUGAACAUGAUAAAUUCGACUUUUCAAAUAAGAGACAAAGAACUAGUGGCCCUAUUUUUGAUGAAAUUUGGUCAUUUUAUAAACAAGGUUCUAGUAAGGGCAAUGGUCAUUACAAAGCAUCUUGUUUUUAUUGUUCAACUGCCUGGGAAUGUGAAAAACUACAAGUUAUGAAAGUUCAUUUAGCCAAUUACUGUUUAAAAUGCCCUGAAGAUGUUAGUAGUUAUUGGCACCUAAAAUUAGUUGAAAAGGCUAAUAAUUGUUUGAUAGAUAAUACUUUAACAAAUAAAUCACAAGAUGAUUUUCUUUCUCAAGAAAUAUAG